AUGCCUGACGUUGAAGUUUCUCGCACACUCUUGUCGUCGUGGGACCCGGACAAUGAGGCGAAAGACAACUGUGCGUCUGAAGUCAGAUCACGAUACGCAACACUUACCAUACGGUACUCAGUUUGGAAGAAGAAAUACGCAACCGGAUGGCGAUCGGCCCUAGCCAUGAACACUGGAUCUGCGGUAGUGGUCCUGUUAGUCAAUGUCGUCUUCACCAUUGUAGUAGCUCUCGGACCAGGGUUUCUGGACUGGCAAGGUACCUUGUAUGAAGGCAAAUGUUCGACCUCUCGGUCUAUGGGCAUGUUCAUGGACGUCAUAGUCAACAUACUUGGGACUGUCAAUUCGGCACACGCAAAAUCUAUCUGGCUUGAUAUUGGCAUGCCGAGUACUCGAAAUCUUCGGUACAUAAGCAAAAAGCGAAUUCUCCUAUGGUCUUGCUUGGCUUUUAGUUCGUUGCCGCUACAUCUAUUUUACAACCCUACCAUAUUCUCUAGCGUUGCAGUGAAUUUAUACACAGUCAUUAUGGUAGAGGAGUCCUUCGCAGCAAACGCAUCCCUGAAUAACUUCAAGCUUCAUGGUGUUCCCGAGGCAGCCGAUUGGGGUCCCGGGCAAGGCGAAUACGAGCGAGCAUUAGUUCACGACAUGCAGGUCUAUGCCGUUGCGAACCAACUGGUCAGACUCGAUAACAAGGCAUGUAUCGACGCGUGGGCUCAGGACUAUCAGACGGCCUACAGCAGCGUCCUACUGGUGGCAAAGAACUCAAGCAUUAGCGAGGCGAGGACCCCGUUCUUGGAAUGA